CACACACACACACACACACACACACACACACCAUCACUUGCUAAUCAAUGUGUUAACCUUACAAAGACGUGCAUUUGAUUAAAAUGUACACAUAUCUACAAAAGUCUCUAGCCACGAGGCUAUUUGGCUACAUGUGUCUUAUCACAGUUAUUUCCGCUAAUGCAUGCCAUCGAGGAUACAUGUUUAAGAAAGAGUUCCAUGAUAAAAAGCCAGAUAAAGUUCCUAUCGCUGUGAGAAGUGGCGUCACCCAGGCUGAAUGUAUGACCACGUGUUACCAGAGUAUACAGAACGGUACAGACUGUGUGGCGUUUUUCUACAACGUGGUCAGCAAGUCGUGCUUAACUUACAGCAGAUCGAACAACUGCGUGCCUUUUCCUGAAGAUCUUGGGUCGAGUGGAUUUGUUCUCGAUAUUAACCUACCCACACUGUUACCGGAAUGUCUGCCGUCAAGUGUUCUGGAGAUUAAUACGAGGCAGAAUCCAGUGCUGGACAGUGAGCCAUAAGGAAUUACACAAGUCACAUACCGAUAUUGUGCAUAGGACUGGAACAUCAGACUUCACUAAGUUCAUAGGCCACAUGCUGAACUGAAAAACUUCAUGUCUGUUCAACUAUCAGGACACUAAAAUGUGAUCACUGUCAUAUGUAUUUACUAUUUUAUGAAUGAAAAAAAUCCUAAUU